UAAAUAUUCGGCAAAUUUUGUUGACAUAUAAAAUCAUGGGAUAAAGGUAAUACCGGUUUUGGUGGCACCAGUAAGAAAGCAUCCGAAAGUCAAAAUAAAAACAUUUUAAAAAGAUUACAAAUGCUUUGCCGAAACCGUGUCAAGUAAAAACUUCAGUUCACGAAGCAUUGUUUAUUAUUUUCGGUACCUGUUUUUCGGAGGUGACCAGUACGUGGCCCGUUAUAUCAGUGUUACGUUUGGGAUUUGAAAUUUCAAGGCUCGGAGUACGUGGAAUGAAAGGUGUCUAAAAAGUUCAGUCUAUGGAAUAAAGUUUCCUCUAAUUUUUUUUAAUCUGAAGUACGAGGACUUAACCUUGAAGGAUAGACAUUUAAGUUGAGCCUUUACAGUACGAACAAUCUAUAUGACGUUAAUUGAAGCCAGUUUUUUGACCCUCUUAAAAUCUGUCAAAAACUGACUGUUAAAAACAACAGACCACGUUGAAGGCCAAAAACAGACGAUGAGCACCUGAGACCUGAAAGGUUUUAUGCCCAAAUUGGCUUAACGAAAAACGUGAGCUACAGUCGGAUCGUCAUUAAUUCAAUUACAACAAGUCGAGGAUCAGAGGAGAAGCGUUAGUGAUGGCUCCUGUUAACCAUAGUGCUAGCUUAGAAGAAGGAGAAGUUCCCUUGGAUGCUAAUUUUGUUCAACAGUAUGAGGAACCCCAGGUGUUGCGUAUAGUUCGUUUAACUGUGUUUGCGAUCAUAAUGCUUGGUUCUUUGGUUGGUAAUACCGUGGUCAUACGUGCAGUAGUUCGUGCAAAAGGAUUCAAGACGGUGACUUACUUUCUAAUCUGUAAUCUAGCCUUGGCAGAAAUCGUCAGUUCCUCUUGCCUACCUUUUAUGCAGGCUUAUGAUGAUCUCGCAUCUUGGCCAUUCUCCGAUGCUAUGUGCCAUUUGAUCAACCCGCUGCAACUGACCGCAGGAAUUGUUGUUACAACGUCCAUUACUGCCAUUGCCAUGAAUCGAUGCUUGUUGGUCGUCAGACCCCGUUUGCAUGGUUCUUCUAGUUGCACUGUAGGGGCCUUCUGUUUAAACCUCAUAAUAUGGGCCUCAGCGUUCGUCAUUGCAAUGCCUUCUUUUAUCUACAUGACGAAGAUUCCUUCAGCAAACAAGGAUGGGAAGUUCUGGUGCGUGACAUUGUUCCCGGGAGAUGCUAUCGAAAAUGGCUAUCCUUCGUCACGUGUGCGAACGUUGAUUACAUUGCACCUCAUACUAAACUAUGCAGUCCCAAUCACACUAACAAUUAUCUCCUACAGCGUGGUGAUCGCAAAGUUGAAAUUCCAGUCCCAAGUUGCAGUCGCACAUAUCGUCAGAUACGCCUACGAUAACACCGAAACCCAAACGGAAAGGUUUGAAAUGUCGAACGAAAGCUGUCAGCGAGAGAAGAAAGAGUCCGAAAGACGCAGCACUGAAACACCAAACGAAACUCCCGCGUUUGGGCCUAAAACGGAUCCCAAACAAGAGAACCCAGCCCCAAGGGACGAGCUGCGCGAGAAUGAGUCCGACUUACUGAGGAUGUUCUAUGCUAUAGUAGUGAUCUUCAUCGUGUGCUAUCUGCCGUACCAGACGUUCUUUAUGCUGGAAUACAUGGGCCAGCUGUCGUGGAAAAAUUGGGAAUACUUUAGUGUGACAAGAAAGUUUCUGUACCUGUUGACGUGCUGCCCUAGCGCUUUGCAUCCUAUUUGCUAUGGAAUGAUGAGUCGAUUUUAUUACAAAGCAUUCGCCAAGCUUGUGCUUUGUAAAUGAAGAAAGUCUUGAAGUUAAAAUUAGCAUUUUUAUGAUGGAAAAUAAUGUGAAGUUUAGAAUUCAAACGUUGCCGCAGCUAUGAACUUUUACCUGAAAAGGGGAUAUGGUCGUUCUGUUUGGAAGAACGUGAGCUUUUCUGGCAAAACUGCACACCUAAAAAGAACCGCUUCUAAACUGCAUUCUUAGAUUAGGUUAUACAUCUGAAACUGAUAUCAUUUAAAAUCAUUUAUACUGAAUAAGUGAUAGUAUUGAUAUUGAUAAUAUGAAGUGAAUUUCUUUUGUGUAAUUCAAUCCUCAAAGAAAUUUCGUUAUGUCGAAAUUAUAUGUAGAAAUAACCGGGGAAAUAACCAAUGAAAGUAAGCUACGGUACAAAAUAUAUAAUACUAAGGAUGUGGUAUAUAGCAUUUAAUAUCAGAUAUUGCAAAUAUUGCCGCAUGAAAUUAUUUUAUAUUUUCUCUACCAAGUUAAAUUCCAUGAAUAGUUUUAUCUUAGUUUUCAAAAUAUCAUCUGCUUGUAAAUAUUUAAAAUCAUAAGAAAAAUCAUAUGAAAAAGUUCUUGUAGAAUAUUGACGAACUUUACCUAAAGUAGUCGAUCACUCAUACGAUAAUUAGAGAAGCUGAGACUAGCUUGUUAAAACAUGAACGUGUAUAUAAAUUCAAAAUAAUUACAAUAAUAGAUAAAAAAUAUAUACAAAAACUUCGCAAUAAUAACCAUUUUACUAAAUAUAAACAAUAUUUUGUAGAAAUAGAAAUAAAACGAUUGAAGUAUCAGAAUAAGUUGGGGUGUGUAAAUAAAUCAAGAGAUUUGUUACAUGCGCUAAGACUUGACUCAAAAUAGUGAGACAAACUAAAGGAAUAGACGAGGGUGCAUUACGCACGGGUCAGCAAGUUAGUUUACAGAUUGGAGGCGUAGAAAAUUAGUGCAUGGGAAAAGGUAUAAUCAGUUGAAGGAAGAGGUGGAUGGAGGAGGAACGGGAAAGAAAACAGAAGGAGCUGGAUGUAGAAGUUGGCUCGUGUAAGUGCAGAGGAGUAGAUGAAGCAGUAUGGCAGCGAAAAAGAACGUGUUGGGUUGUAGUCACAAGAGGAGUGGGCGAUUGGUAGGAGAUGGGCAAGAUGGAAUUGAGACAAAAGCGAAAAACAACAGGGCAUUACUGUGGGACUGAGCCGAAGAGUGUGAAGGGCGAUCGAUAUUUGCGUUAUUAUGAGAGGAAAGCUAGAGCAGGGAAUUCCUCAUGCUAUACUAUAUUCUAUACUAUAGGAAUCAAUUCUUUUAUAAAAAUUUCAUUCCGGACUGAAUUGCGUCGAUCCGAGAUAUUAUUGAAUGAUUUUCCUGA